AUGGGGGGUCGUCAGCUCUCAGGACUUAGAAACCAAGAGCAGCCGAGCCAUGGCAGCAGGCUAGGGCAGAGGAUUUCGUAUCUCCCAAUUCACCCAAGGGGGGCGCAGCGUUCUCUGAAGGCUGAUGAGGGAAUAACAGAGAGUGGCUUCCAGACGGUAGCUGGAGGCAGCUGGUGGAUCCCUGAUGCCCCCACAGCCAGCCAGGCGGCCCCUCAGGUUGAGAGCGCCACGCCGGCAGCGGCGGGGCAGGCCACCACAGCGGUGCCCACAGCUGUGGCCUCCACCGGGGCCCCCCAGUCCCUGGAGGGGGUCUGGACCCUGCCUAGCUCUGGCGCUGCCAGCCAGCAGGCCGCCUAUGGCAACGUCUUCAUCGCCAGCAAAAUCAGCAACGAAGCCAUCCGAGCCAAGUCCUACGCAGGUGAGAAGCCGGCGAUGGGUGACUCAUCCACGAUUGACCCCAGCGCGUACCCCGGCGCUGAGCUGGCAGACACCUCAGCCAUGGCCUACGUCCAAGACACCCAGGCGCUCGCCGCCGGAGAGUUGGCAGUAACUCCCAAGGUUACUCCCAACCUGCCGCCGCCGCCGCCACCUGGCAUGAUGACUUCUUCCAACUGCAGCGGAUUUCUGACCAAGGGCGAAAUUGUGGCCGGGCUUGAGUACGCUGCUGGAAAGGAGUACAUGCCCUUCGACCCCUGCUGGGAUGUACGGCUCAAGGCGCUGCAGAGCUACUACGGGAACCCUGGGUCCGUAUUCCCCUUCCACUACCUCAACCCUGGGGGAUAUGUCUCGAACGUCACCUUCUGGCUGCGAGCCCUGGAUGACUACAAAAUGGGCGAGGCUCCAUACAUCCUCAUACCUACCACCACAAACGGAGGCGAUAGCCAAAGCAGUAUUAGCGUACCUCAAAACGCCGAUGGCACGAGCACAGUCACACCCCCCGCCAGUGGAACGGGGCAAGCUCCGGUCAAGACAGGCUUUGGCAUCAACUGGUAUGGAGGGCCGGUGGUCAACAACAAAAACGGCCUCAUUAUAUACUACAUUUGGUACGGCGCCUGGGGUAAUCUGAACAACAACGGGACAGCGAACCGACCAACCACCGUGAAGGUUCUGACUGACAUGGCACAGAGCAUGGGCGGGAAACCAUGGUACGGGACAGCGACUACAUACUCUGACAAAAACGGUGCAAUCCCCAACAUUGUCAAAUACGGCGGCAGAGCAGUCGUCAAGAACGGCCCCUGCUUUGUGGGAAACAAUCUGUCCAACGACCAGAUCUUCACAGUGGUGGAUUGUGUGAUUCAGCGAGGCAUCGUUCCCUACCUGACCAACGCAGUCUACCUCCUCCUGGGCGCCUCGAAUGUCAAGGCCACCAGCGGCAUGUGCACCAACUACUGCGGAUGGCACACCUAUGGCUUCGACAGCAGGAACCGGCAGACACUGUUUGGGUUUGUGGGCAGCCCGCUGCCUUGCCUGAAUGCAUGCACAGCGCAGGGCGCGAACAACGUGCUGGCAACUCCCAAUUACAAUGCAGAGGCUGAUGGCAUGGCUUCCAUUGUGGCACAUGAGGCCAUGGAGGUCAGCAGUGACCCUCUCAUCAACGCCUGGUACAACACAGACGGCUAUGAGAACGCGGAUCUGUGCGCGUGGACUUUCAGCCAGAACACAUUCUCAGCAGGCGGCGGCUUGGCCAAUGUCAGGUGGAACUGCCCGGCAGCUGCCAAGAAGGCCGGUUGCACCGACCGCUACUACCUCAUCCAGCAAAACUGGGUCAAUCUAUCGCCGGGAUACUGCGCACUGCGCGUUGGUGGCAACACUGGAUAGGCAGUUCCAUUUCCCCCAUGUUGAUUUUCCUUUAUUUCAGGGGCCCACAGAUCAUCUUUUCCAAUCAAUGAUCUGUCGACUUUAUUCCAAGGUCCCUUUCCCUGCCUUCUGGGCUUUCUUAAGGCCCUUUGCCAGCCAUGCCCAGAGACUUGGUGCAGUACUUUCGCAAGAAAAUUUGAAAAGACUCUUUUUAUCUUUGGCGCCUGACCGGGCAUGCUUUGGACGAGGGUCAUAAGAAGGCAGGAGACCAUGAGUCAUCCCUGAUGAGGCCAGUACUCGUGCCACCUCAUCUCCUAGCCUCAAUGUACAGUACUAAAUCCAUUAAUGGAGAGUAUCAAGGGGGUGGGUCGCAAGAAGCACUGUACUGUAGUGCUUACUUGAUAGUGAUGCGGAUGUGCAAUUCACAAUGUGCAUGUGUCAUCGCUCACAUUAUGAAGUGCAGGAAGGACUUUUCACUAAGCUUAGUUUGUAGCUUCAAGGAUGGGUAGGGGCUUCAAUAAUCUGCCAGCAAGCAUUUUGCACAGCUUGGGAGCGCACUCCCUUGAUUUCAGAUUUGGGCAGAGUCUCAAGUCACAUUUGCUAGUUGAACGGAGUGCGCUUGUCUACGGCAUCAUGCCGCCGGCAUGGGUGUAGAUGGUUUUGAGCAGCGCUUUAUUGCCGUUAAAAUUUCCUGAUGUUUGGCUGAAGUAUGUGAAUGGCGGCUGAGUGCUUGCAUGCUGGUUUUGCGCAUGCCAGAACACAUGUACAUGAGCCGAAGGCCGACCCAGACAUGUGAAGCUGGGGAAGGAGCCUUUGGUGAUGAUUAAUGCCCAAGCUAUGAUUGUUGAUAUGAUAGUGUAAACAAGGUUUCAUUC